AUGAAUCUUACGGCUGAACCAGGAAAACCAUUGACUUCAAUGCCUCCAAGCGACAAAACUUCCAUCGGCUCGCUGCCUCAGGAUGAUGUCAUCCAGAUAAUAUUUGUGGUCAUAGCAACGGCAUUAGGAAUUCUCAGUGUGGUAUUGGCAUGGGUGGUGUGGAAAUCACGUCGGGUGCGAAUAAGGCGUGACUCUUUGAACGAAGUAACACGAUCCUCAGAUACAUUUGAGCUUCGUUUGGUCAUAGGAAAUGCGAAUACCAUAACAUAG